AUUACCAUCAUGAAGUCCAUCCUCAAGACUCUCAUUGAAACCACAAAAUCCUACCCUGUCAUUGACAAUCAUGCUCACCCCCUUCUUACUGCAGAGAAUAAAGCCUCUUUCCCACUCGAGGCCCUCUUUACUGAAGCAGAAGGUGAUGCUAUAAAGGACUCUGUCCACUCGCUAUCUUGUUUUCGUGCAACUGCUCAAUUGGGGCAGAUAUUGGGUUUGGACGAACCCUCAUGGGAUGACAUAAAGAAAACGAGAAAUCAGAUGGACUACGGCGAUCUAUGCAACCUGCUCAUGAGGCCGACCCGCAUCCAAUGUCUUUUGCUCGACGACGGCCUCGGAGGCGUCGCUGAAAUGGCUGAGGAUUGGACGUGGCAUCGUCAAUUCAACUGCUCCGUCAAGCGUAUCGUCAGGAUAGAAACCGAAGCUGAAGCUAUUCUUGUCCGCAUGGUAAAAGAGUCCGAGUCUGCUCCUGACUUGUUGACUCUGGCAAAUUUUACGCAACAACUUCACAAGUCGCUUUCUGUCAGCGCUGCUAGUGAACAAGUUGUUGCAUUCAAGUCGAUUGCGUGCUAUCGUACCGGCUUAAAUAUCGCCACUUGGAAUUUACAGAAUGACCUUCGCGAUUCUUUCACCUCGGCCCGACAAAAGUGCGCAACAGACGGGAAGAUCAGGCUUGCUCAUAAGCCUUUUAAUGACCAUAUCAUCCGCGUUGCCCUUGAGAUUGCUGGAGAACACAACAUUCCAGUACAAUUCCACACAGGGCUUGGGGACAAUGACAUCUCGUUGGCGUUUUCGUCACCCUCCUACCUGCAGCCUAUCAUCAAAGCUUGCCCCAAAACCCAAUUCGUUCUACUUCAUUCCUCGUAUCCUUACACGCGUGAUGCGGGAUACCUGACUUUGGUAUAUGCGAACGUAUUUCUGGAUUUUGGGGAGAUAUUUCCCAUGGUUUCAGCGCACGGGCAGAGAGCUGUGAUCCGGCAGAUGCUCGAAAUAACGCCGACGAACAAGAUUUUAUGGUCUACCGAUGGACAUUGGUUUCCAGAAACUUAUUAUCUCGGUACGCUUCAAGCUAGAACCGCACUGUGCGAGGUCCUCUCAGAAUUAGUCACUUGUGGAGACUUGACCGAAAACCAGGCGGUCAAGAUUGUGCAGGACGUUCUAUUUCAUAACUCGAACCGAGUAUACAAUUUAGGACUCGAGCCAAACCUAGUACAUGAAGAGAAAUGAUAACGGCUGGAGUCAAUCUGUCGCAUUAUAUUAGCACCUGGACAAUUGAUUAAGUGACCAACUGA